UAACGAAAAAUGUGUGACUGGUUAAUCGAACAUAAAAGCUUCAUCGCGACAAGCAGCAAAACCCACUGUGGCGGAACGGGUUGAUAAAAAGCUAACAACAACUCAAAGCAAGACUUUAUUUCACUUAAUCGUCUGCUAGUGUUCUGCAAAACAACAAUAUGUCGAAAGGUAGCCCGAUUAAAGAUUUUAUUGCUGGGGGAUUUGGUGGCGUUUGUUGUGUUUCAGCAGGCCAACCACUGGACAUGAUUAAAGUAAGAAUACAGACUAUGCCAAGGCCGCCACCAGGCCAGGCACCACUCUAUGCAGGUACCUUUGAUUGUGCAAUGAAAAUUGUGAAGAAAGAGGGAUUUUUUGGUUUAUAUAAAGGAAUGGGAGCUCCAUUAGCUGGUGUUGCACCAAUGUUUGCUAUUUGUUUUUUUGGUUUUGGUGUUGGCAAACGUCUUCAACAGAAUAAACCUGAUGAUGUUUUAACAUAUGCUCAAUUAUUUAAAGCCGGUAUGGUAGCUGGAGUAUUUACUACAGUUAUUAUGGCUCCUGGUGAAAGAAUCAAAUGCUUACUUCAGGUACAAGCAGCUUCAGGUAAGCCAGCUAUAUAUAAUGGUCCUAUAGAUUGUAUUAAACAGUUAUAUAAAGAAGGAGGUAUUAGAAGUUUAUAUCGUGGUACUGCAGCUACAUUAUUACGUGAUGUACCAGCUAGUGGAAUGUAUUUUAUGGUAUAUGAAUGGUUACAACAUAUUUUAACUCCAGCAGGAGGAAGUCGUAAUGAUUUAAGUGUUGGUAGAACUCUAGUAGCUGGAGGUGUUGCUGGUAUAUUUAACUGGGCUGUAGCUAUUCCACCUGAUGUCUUAAAAUCUAGAUUACAAACAGCUCCUGAAGGUACAUAUCCCAAUGGUAUACGAGAUGUAUUUAGACAGCUAAUGAAGGAAGAGGGAAUUCUCUCCCUUUAUAAAGGUUUUACUCCUGUUAUGUUACGAGCUUUUCCUGCCAAUGCAGCCUGUUUUAUGGGUUAUGAAUUAGCAAUGAAAGGUUUAAAUUGGCUGGCACCAAAUCUGUGAUAAUUGAGUGCAAUUAAUAUUUUUAUCAUAACUCAGUAACAAAUAUGCAUUAAAGUGUGGGUGGGGGAAAUUGUAGGAAAAAUGAAUUUUUCUACCUUUGAAGAUAUAUAAAUAUUUGAUUAAUGGUAAUACUUACAUUUCAUACUCAAAAUAAAAUCAAAACAAUUAAUACAUUCUGCAAUUAGAAUAUGUUUUCCUGAAUAUUUACAGGGGGUAUGUUUUUGGAUAUGAUUUCAGAGACUAUAUCUUAUCUUAAUUUAUAUUUAGUUCAACUCUUCCAGUAUUAUUUCAAUGUCUGUCUUAAUUUAUGAUACAAUCCCUAUAAGAUGUAAAUAUUUAUAUUAUAUUCUUGUUGUAUUAAAGUCUUUCUAAUCACUAGGGUAUUGUUAACAGGAGAGCAAGCUAUAAAUGUAUGAUACACUGCCUACCUAACCCCUGUUUGAAGCCGUUUCACAAAGAUGCAUACACAGUGUAAAUGUUAAUGUCUUACAAAUCUUUCAGUGGAAAUGUUGAUUGUUUAAACUGUUAGUGAUUUUGUUAGAUUUAAUUUCAAUGUACGGCAGCUUACAGUGCAUUAUGUGCCUUCAUCCUGUGAUUCCUUGCCUUCUUUGUUGAUUGAUAAAAUGAUGAUACAGAUCUCAUCUAAAUAUUAACGGGUCUAUUGUACUGUAUACUACUUUUAUAAACAUUAAUUAAUUAAAACAACAUUUAUUUUAUAACCUGUAGCUUAGAAUUGUUUUAAUUUUAAAUAUAGCACAAAUAAAUUUAUUUGCCAGGAUAUGUAGUACCAUAGUUCAUUAUCUAUUAUUAAAAUAGUUUCAUCAAUACAGAUCUUGUGUAUACGGGUAACUAUUGAUCACUGUUCAUAAAUAAAGCCAUGGCUUAAUAGUCACUAGAUCGAAGAAUAAUCUAGCAUGUGUUUCUGGUUUUGUUUUGAGUGGAUCACAGAUACCCGGAUACAGUCACAACCAUAGUGUUAAAGGAGGAAAGUCGCUAACUCAUUAAAUAUUUAAGACAAAAUCAAAAUUUUAAAAUUGGCACACAAUCACAUGCCAGAAUGAUUUGGAGUGCCAUUUCUAAUGAAGUGAUUCGAUGAACGAGGCUAAACAUAUCCUACAGGACAAUACUACUAGUUUAGACUGGAAUAACCAGACGCCAAAGACUGCCAUUGAAUUUGGACUCUUUGCGUAUUUCGCUGAACGUAACUGUUUAGAAAUUACGGUAAAAAAGAGAAACAAAUGAAUGUAAAUCAGUUUACAUACAUUCAUAAUACAUUAUUAUAUGUGUUGCGACCCAUUUGUGUCCAUUUCUAGGUGCCAAAGAAUAGAGAUUUAGGUCCUUUAAUUGUUUAAGUAAAAACUAAAGGAUUUGUGCUUUGAGCUGAAACUAUUUCAAUAGUAGAUAAUAAAUUAAUAAAAUAACUUAAAAGUGGCAUUAUGGAAGAUAAGAUGAGGAGCUGACAGUUCUCGCUAUAACAGUUAAAAAAAAAAAUAUAAUGCUGAAAAUUUCAAAUUACUUCACCCUGAGCCAAGGAACCUCAUUUCAGUAACACUACAAUCUUGAUUGUCAUUGUUACCGUUGUGACGAUAAUAAACAAAGUCUUGAUUAUCUAUUUUUAUACGCCCAUUGAAAGUGUGGGCGUAUAUUGUAUUGUCACCCGUUUCGUUGUCCACAAUUUCUUGUGAACACUCUGCAGACUACAUUUAUCAUCUGAUUGUUUUGAAAUUGAUACCUUGUUUACAUUAGUGAGAUAAAUUCCAAUAAUUUCUUCUGGAGUUAUGGCCUUGUUUCACUUAAUUUCACCUUGUGAAUGCUCUAACGUCAAAAAUUAUUAUCCGAUCUGUAUAAUAUAACAUUUAAGGCCUAAAGAAAGAUAUGAUAUAGGCAGAUUUAGCUCUUGCACAAUGCAUGUUUAAAUGGCUGUAUCCCUCAUUCAUAUGCCCUCUUGGUUUCCAACACCUUUGUGUUUUAAUAGCAUAUAUAUACAUGUCUUUAUGUUAAUUUUUCCCUUGCUGGUCAUCAUUUUAUAUCGGAAAGUCUGAAAUGUCUUAUGCAAAUAAAUUUUGAUUCAAGCUGUCUA